AUGCAUCCAGGAACUUAUACUGAGUUAGUCAAGGGUAAGACCAUAACUUUAGGUUUGAUUUCAUCGAUUAUUCAGAAUGAAGAAAGCGUUAUUGAAGAAGGGAAAAUAAAACGAAGUAGUUUAACACGGUAUAAUGUACGGUGCAACAACUGGUUCCAAGAAGGGAAAAAUCUGUCAUCCUAUGCGUACAAAUGUCCUGAUUUACAAAUAAAGCCAAUAUCCAUCAGUAAAUUGGAAAUGAUGACACAUUUCAGUCGAAAGGAAUUACAACUACUUUACCAAGGCUUUAAACAGAUUUGUCCUUUGGGUGUUGCAAGUAAGGAAUCCUUUGUGGGUAUCUACCAAAAGUUCUUCCCUAACCGUGCAUCCAGUGCAUACGCUCAGUUGUGUUUUCGAGUUUUUGACAAACGACACGCAGGAGAAUUAACAUUUGAGCAAUUCGCCUGUGGCCUAUCGAAGUUAACCAGAGGUUCGAAAAUGGAUAAGAUCAAAUGGAUAUUUUCUUUAUAUGAUAUUGAUGAAGAUGGUUACAUAAGCAGAUCAGAACUCAAGGAAGUUGUGCAAGCAAUAUAUGAGUUACUGGGUGAUAAAUUAUUUCUCGGUAACGCUGUUCACGCUAUUGAAGAUAGGGUAAAUACAAUGUUUAUUAAAUAUGAUCUUGAUCGAGAUGGAAAGAUAUCAAAAGAUGAAUUUCUCCGUGUCUCCACUCAGGACCCAGAAUUCAUGGCCAAUUUAAGUUUAUUUGAUACGGUAACGUAG